UCUGUGAAUUAUCAAAUGGUCAAUGUACUAUUAAUUUACCUAUUCUUAUUUCAGGAACUGUUGACAUUCAGGGAUGUGGCUAUUGAUUUGUCUGAAGAGGAAUGGGAAUGCCUGGAACCUGCUCAGAGGAAUUUAUACAGAGAUGUGAUGCUAGAGAACUACAGAAACUUGGUCUUCCUGGCCAUGACCUCUCAUCAUACUCAGAAAAUUUUACCAGAACCCAGCAGACAGCAUUUAUUUAUAAAAAUGUUAAAGAGAAGAUAUGAAUAUUGCAAACUUGACCACUUACAAGAAAAGAAAAUACAGAAUAGUAUAGGUAGCAGUGAAGGUCAGAAAUCAUAUUAUAAAGGACAAGACCAAUUAGAAGUGACUAUUUUUAAUAAAAAUGUUCUUAAUACCAUCAACAGUCCUCAAGAAGAUUUAAUAGCUCACAAAAGUAUUCAAUUUAUAACUGAAGGACAAGUUUCUGAAAGUGUUGAUUUUGAAAAUUUUUUUACAAUCUCUUCAUCAUUCUGCAAUGAACAAAAGAUUUCUUCUCCUGCCCAAACAUACACUUUUAAUGAUUGUGGAAAGGCCCCUAUGUACUCCAUACUACUUAAUCAAAAUUCAGAUAUAGAUUUCUGGAAAGCAUGUAAUACAUGUGAUGAAACAAGCAACACCUUCAGCCAGGUCUCUAUGCUAAGCAAUUACCAGUGCCCUUACAUUGGAGAGAAAAAGCAUGAAUGUAGCAAAACUCAUAACAACUUUAGCUUUGGUUGCAAUAAAAGAGAACAUCAGUGUGGUCAUUGUGCACAGAACAUUUACAAAAAUGAGAAAUGGGAGAAUGUCUUUUCUCAAUGCACAAAUCACCAUCCAAGUACUCAGAUCCAAGAGAUGCCUUGCUAUUGUGAGGAAUAUGAGACACCUUCUUAUCUAACUGCAAGUCUUUCUCAGUAUAGUGGAGCUCAACCUGGAAGGGAGCCUUACAAAUUUAAGAAAUGUGGUCAAGCAGGGAGUUCCAUACCACUUUUCAAACACCACAGGUACCAUAACAGUGAACAACACUUCAAAUUUAAAGAAUGUGGCAAAACUUAUAAUCAAGAACAGCCCUCUUUUAAGCACCACAGAAUUCAUAAUGGACAGAAAUCCUACAAAUGUGAAGAAUGUGGCAAAUCCUUUAAUAUUUGCUCAACAAUUUCUAAAAACCUGAGAUGGCAUAGCAGUGAAGAUGUGUACAAAUGUAAGGAAUGUGAAAAAAAAAUUAAGAAAAUUUCAACCCUUCCUCAAUGCCAAAGUAUUCCUAUGGGAGAGAAGCCCCACAUAUGUGAAGAAUGUGGGAAAAGUUUUACUAAAAGAGGACAACUUACUCAACACCAGAGAAUACAUAUCAUAGAGAAGCCCUACAAAUGUGAAGAAUGUGGGAAAGGAUUUACUCGAAGAGCACAACUUACCCUGCAUCACAGUAUUCAUACUGGAGAGAAGCCCUACAAAUGUAAGGAAUGUAGCAAGGCUUUUAGGUGUAGUUCAUAUCUUACUCAACAUCAGAGAAUUCAUACUGGAGAGAAGCCCUAUAGAUGUAAAAAAUGUGGGAAAGAAUAUAGACAAACUGCAGGUCUUUCUCAGCACCAGAGUACUCAUACUGCAGAGAAACCAUAUAAAUGUAAAGAAUGUGGGAAAGGAUUUACUCGAAGAACACACCUUACUCUACACCAUAGUAUUCAUACUGAAGAGAAACCCUACAAAUGUAAGGAAUGUAGCAAAGCUUUUAAUCGAAGAUCAAACCUUACACAACACCAGAGAAUUCAUACUGGAGAGAAGCCCUACAAAUGUAAAGAAUGUGGGAAAGAAUAUACUCAAAGAGCAGGCCUUGCUCAUCACCAGAGUAUUCAUACUGGAGAGAAGCCCUACAAAUGUGAAAAAUGUGGCAAACGAUAUACUCAAAGAGUAGGGCUUACUCAACACCAGAGAUUUCAUACAGGAGAGAAGCCCUACAAAUGUAAUAAGUGUGUUAAAGCUUUUAGGUAUAAAUCAAGCCUUAGCCAGCACCAGAGAAUUCAUAAUGCAGAGAUUCAAGUUGAAGAAUGUGGGAAAGGUCUUAAUGAAAGAGUAUGGCUUACUCAUCACCAGACCAAUCAUAAUGAGGAGAGGUAGUACAAAUGUAAAAACUGUGCAGACCUUUUAGCAAUGGCUCAAACAUUGCUUAUCACUGGAGAAUUCAUGUGUGUAGAAUCCGGAACAGUGUAAAUACUGUGCCCAAGUCUUUACACAAACUUCAAAUUUUUUUUUAAUAUUAGAAACCUGAUACCUAUACGGAAUGGGGAAAGAUAUUUGCCUGAAAUAUAUGCCUUAAAAAACAGCAAAAUAUCUACAAUAAAGAAAACAUCUUUAGAAAUAU